GCUUCCAACCCCCCAUCUUUUCUUUCAACAGUCAGGUCAGUCGCUCCAACACAGACAGACUCAGCAUUGUAGCAGCGAUUCCGCGGUUAAGGCCUGGGUUUCACAUCAUCGGCGGAGCAACCUGAAUAACCUGCCGACGUUUCUCCUGGAAACGGGCUUUUUUUGUACUGCAGAGACCCUUUUUAUGAAGCAGCAUGGCAGAAGCGGAGUUACAAACCUUUACCUCUAUCAUGGACGCGCUGGUUCGCAUCAGUUCCAACAUGAAGAGUAUGGAACAAGAGCUGCAUUGCCUGGUGUGCGAUGAGAUGGUGAAGCAGCCUAUCCUGCUCCCAUGCCAGCACAGCGUGUGUCUGCUGUGUGCGGCUGAGGUGCUGGUGCAGAGAGGUUAUCCUCCCCCGGAUCUCCCUCCAGAGCCCAUCUCGCCAGCCUCCACGCCCAACACUCGCUCUCCACGACAGGCACGCAGGCCCGUACCAAGGACCCCUGACCACCUGGAGCGGGUCUUCAGAACAGUAUGUGGGACAUACCCAGGGAGAAGGCGGAGGGAAGCAGCCCCUCCACCCAUGCUGUUUCCCUGUCCUUCCUGCCAGCAGGACGUGGAGCUCGGGGACAGAGGACUCGCCGACUGCUUCCGUAAUCUCACUCUGGAGCGCAUCGUCGAGAGGUACAGACACACAAUAAGUUUGGGCAGUGUAGCGAUUAUGUGUGGCUUCUGUAAGCCUCCUCAGUCUCUGGAGGCCACUAAAGGCUGUGCUGACUGCAAGUCAAACUUCUGCAAUGAAUGUUUCAAACUCUACCAUCCCUGGGGAACUCCUAGAGCUCAGCAUGAACACAUUCUACCCACCAACAACUUCAGACCAAAGGUUUUAACCUGCACAGAGCAUGAGCAGGAGAGGCUGCAGUGGUACUGCCGUAGCUGCCAAAGAUUACUGUGUCAGCUGUGUAAACUCCGUCGUGUCCACCAUGGACACAAAGUUUUGCCCAUAGCACAGGCCUAUCAGGCCCUCAAGGAUAAGAUUAGCAAGGAAGUCAAUUUCAUCCUGGCCAAUCAGGAGACGAUUCAGAGUCAGAUCGCUCAGCUGGAAGCUGCCAUUAAACAGAUGGAGGCUAAUAGCACUGUGGCGCUGCACCAGCUGACUCACUGCAUCCGAGAGCUUGGAACAGCCGUCGCUGAGCGUCAGGGGACUCUAGCUAUCUCCUUGGAGGGAUCCCGAAGCAGAAGAGAGGAGGUCCUGUCUGCUCAGGUCUUUCAGAAGCAGGGGCUGAUGGAGCAAGCAGGUCUGAUGGCGUUCACCCACGAGCUGCUUAAAGAGACAGACGCUCCCUGCUUUGUACAAGCUGCAAGAGUAACACACAGCAGGCUGGUUAAAGCCAUAGAAAACCUGCAGUGUUUCUCCCUUGCUACUGACACCUCCUUUAGACAUUUUCACCUUGAUGCAUCCAAAGAAGUCAAGCUCAUUAACAGCUUGCAAUUCAUUCAAGCCCCUCUGGCUCCAGUCAUUGACACUCAGAAGACAUUAGCUUAUGACCAGCUGUUUCUAUGCUGGCGCCUGCCUCAGGAUUCAGCACCAGCAUGGCACUUUUGUGUUGAAUACCAGCGUCGAGCUGGUGCCACAUGGGGCGGCCUCAGCUCCCCAAACUCUUCGACACCAUGGCUGCGACUGAAUGAAGUGAAGGGGACCAGCGCGGUGGUAGACCGAGUGCAGAUGGACAGCGUGUAUGUUCUCAGAGUGAGGGGUUGCAACAAGGCCGGGUUCGGAGACUACAGUGAAGAGGUUUACCUCCACACUCCGCCUGCACCAGUUUUGAGUUUCUCCUUGGAUUCUCGGUGGGGUUUGCACGCCGACCGUUUGGCGUUAGGUAAAGGCCAGACCUACGCCAGAAGUGUGCCCGGCCUCUCCCUUCUCCAAGCCGCCGACCGCACUCUCACCUCCUGUCACUUGACCUCUGACCUACUUGUGGCAGAUUUGGCCGUCACUCAUGGAAGACACUACUGGGCGUGCUCUGUGGAGCCUGGAUCGUUCUUGGUGAAGGUAGGCGUUGGACAGGAGACUAAACUACAGGAGUGGUUCCAUCUCCCUCAGGACAUGGCGAGCCCUCGCUGUGAUCCAGACAGUGGCCAUGACAGCGAGGCAGAAGACGGCCAGGACUCCCCUCCAUUCUGCUUCAUCACCGUUGGCAUGGGUAAGAUCCUUCUUCCUAAAGGACACGCUUCCUCUCAGAGCCAAAGCGAGAGCCAUAGUCAUGCAGCACUGCACUCCCAAAGCAGCAGCUACAGCAACAAGCCUCACUCUCACACUGCUCCCCUCCCUCCGCGACUCGGAGUCUGUCUGGACUGCGACAAAGGACGGGUUACCUUCUACGAUGCCCACUCCUUGCGUAUUCUGUGGGAGGGACAUGUGGAUUGCUCUGCUCCAGUGUGUCCAGCUUUUUGUUUCAUAGGUGGAGGAGCGCUACAGCUGCAAGACCUUGUGGCCAACCGGAGCAUUGAGGAGCCUCCGCCUCGCAGGGUAACCAUUGAAACACGAGUAAGAAAAUUCAAGUAGAUGAACAGUUUCUGGGUACAAGUAAUUAAAACCUAGUUUGUCCAACAUGUAAAGCUAUAAGUGGCUUAACAGUUUAAUCUAUCUGGUCAAAUAUGAUUAUUUCCUGUGAGUUUACAUACACUCAUCAUGAACAUGAAUCUCAUCUAUAUUCUGGUCUUUUAAUGGUUUAUUUUAACUGUUAUUUUUUCAUGAUGGAUGGAUUAUGCAAAAAACAAUGGAGAAAGCAUAUAUGGAGGCAUUUAUUUAAAGUGGCAUUCAAAUAUAGCCCACAACUUCUAUUGUGUGUGAGGUCCAGGAGAUGUUUAUUCCUUGAUUUAUCUAUCCUAAAACCAGAUUUGACAUGGCUUUGGGGGCAUUGUCCUGAUGAAGAACCCAACUGCCAACUGUGUCCAAGUUUCACUCAUCUGACUCAAACUGUCACCCAUUAAUGAAAGGAAAUUGUUUAGGAUGGUGAAGAACAACCCGGGCCUGCCAAAAUUGUAAGAUGCUUGAACACCAGUGAUGACACUGUGAACACAGUGAAGCAGGUUUUUUCAUCACCAUGGAGCUUGAUGGUACUGACUUUUUCCUCCAUCACCAGUCUCAGUACCGGCAUCCCACAGGGCUGCGUGCUGAGCCCCCUUCUCUACUCAUUAUGCCCUCACGACUGUAUUCCAGCAUUCCCAGGAAAUCAGAUUAUAAAGAAACGAGGUGCACUGUCUGACUGGGUGGUGUUCAGUAAACAAUCUCUCACUAAACACCACAAAAACUAAGAAAGUUAUAACAGAUUUCAGGAAACACAGCAUAAACCUGCAAGCCCUCUACAUCAAUGGACAGUGUGUGGAGAGAGUGGAAUAAUUUCAAUUCCUGGGAAUUCACAUCAGUAACAGUCUCACCUGGUCUAUAAACACUUCAGCAGUGAUCAAAAAGGCCCAGCAGCACCUGCCCUUCCUGGGGGUCCUCAGAAAGAACAACCUGAGUGAUGAGCAGCUGGUGUCCUUUUAUAGAGCCACCAUCGAGAACAUCUUAAUGUUUUGCAUCACUGGUACGCUGGACGUUCUGCUGCUGAUGAAAAAGCUCUCCAGAGAAGCAAAAUGUUCUCUCCUCUUCAUUACAGACAUCACUAAUGAUCCUACUCUCUCUAGAGCCAACAACAUUUUAAAGGACUGUUCACUCCCCGCUCACCAUCUAUUUGAACUGUUUCCCUCUGGCAGACGUUUCAGAUCUAUCAAAUCAAAAACUUCACGGUUCAAUAAGUUUCUCCCUGCAGUAAGGCUGCUUGACGGACAUUAAUACAGUAUCUCCCUAUCACAUAUGAUGCAAUGCCUAGGAGUGUUCCUACUUAGCUUCGCUUAUUUUCAUUUACUUUACUGUUUUAAUUAGAAUUUAGUAUUUUUACCUUGUUUGUAUAAUGGGAUGGAACAAAAUUAAUUUUCUACUUGGUUCUUAUUUGUUCUUUUCUGAUUACAUUUUACUGAUCAAUUGGCAUAUGCCUGGUACUCAUUUUAUAUUCAUUUUGUAUAUAGUUUUUUUUUUCUUACCUUUACUGACUGCACCUUAUAGGAGAGAUACUCCUUAUGUAAUUAUAUAGGUGUAUUGUAAUAAUAAUCACAUCAUUCAUUUCUUCACUAAGAAAGAAGCUCUCCUCCAAACUCAACACAUUCAAGCUUGAUUGAAAAUUUCAGUUGCUGACAUGGACAAGCCAACUGGCUUCUGGAGAGAUGUUUUUUUGGUCAGAGGAGACAAAAUUCUGUUAAACUAUUUCUAUUUUUCUAAGAAUGUUGGGAGUAGUCAAGAUUAAUAAUUCAAGAAGAAGAACACUCUACCAACUGUCAAGCAUGGUGGUAGUAGCAUCAUGUCUUGGAGCUGUUUCAUCGCUAGUUGGUGGAGGAGUGAAAGAGGACUACCUCUAAACUUGUUAACUUCACCUCUAAUCAGCAGCAAAAUUGUUACAAUUUUGAUACUUUUUUUUUUCACAGGACUGGUUGCUGGAUGGAUAAAGGCAGGUUAAAACAGCCUUCACACUCUUUCUUGUCAUGCCAUGUAUAGUUGUGUAUUGAAAAAUGUGGGGCAAAAAUAAUGUUUUUUUGUGAAACCUCAAGUUCAAUCACAUAUUUCAAGUGUGUUUGUUGUUUCUUGUCUUGUUAUUCUAUAUAGUGCAUGUGUACUGGGGUCAAGGGUGUGGAAUUCAAUGUUGUGCUGCAUCAGGAUGAAGUACUUUAGUUUAACGAUGCUGUCCUGUUUUAUUAUUUUAAACAUGUAUUUAAGGGGGAACAUACUGUCUGGCAAUGAUUUUCAAUGCUUUAUAAUGUUCAAAUUUAUCAAAGUAGGUGAAAGUAGGUCAUGCUGUCAGUUUCCCUUUUUGUUUCAAGCAUCUGACAUGUUGGAUCAGCACAGAUGAGAAUAAUCCAACUGCAGGCACCGUUCUCAGGCCCACCACUCCCAGAUAUUUUCCAGUUCCCUUACCCUAACCCCAAGUCUACACAAACAAACUACAUUGAUAAGUUGGAAAUUAUAUGUUGUUUAUUAGCCUAUGUGCAGGUGUGAACCAGAGAAGAACUUGGACAGGUUCAUGAACACCUUACAGACAGAGAAGCCACCUACUUUCCUGUGAAACAAAAUAAGCAUAUUUGCACUGCCACAACCUGCCUUUCUUUCUUUAUUUUUCUGUAUAAAAAAGAAUCCACAUACGAUUCCUUUUAUUCUGUAUUUUAUUCCUCUAAAAUGCAUAUGUUCAUACUUGUCUGUUAGCUGUGAGCUCAUGAAACCGAAGUCAGAUUCCUUGUUCGUGCACACAAGCUUGGCCAAUAAAGCUGAUUCUGAAUCUCAAUCAUGUAAGGAAAGGGUUUCAGACAGUGGGGCCUUAGAGAGGCGCUGAGACUCCAGUUCAAUACUACCGAGACAAACAGCAUAACUUAGUGUAAAAUUAAGUAAUGUUGUGACUGGGUCCUUGCUGCAAUACCUAUGCCACAGAUGCACAGUGGAGCACUUCUGGCACAGUUGUUAGCUCUAUUAACUGCCUGUUAGCAGUAAUAAGAUCCUGCAUUCGAAUUCUAACCAGGGGUCUUUUUGCAUGAAGUUUGCAUGUUCCCCCUGUGCAUGGGUUCUCUUCAGCUACCUCUCAUAGCUCAAAAACAAGAUUGUUAAGUUUAUUGAUCUCUCUAAAGUUGCCCUUAGGUAUGAGGGAGUGUGUGUGUAUGGUUGUAUGUCCUGUGUGUCUCUGUGUUGCCCUGUGAUGGACCAGCAAUAUGUCCAGGGCCAUCUGUCCGUCUCCAAUUGUUCUCAAUGACAGCUGGAGAUACACCAGUGCACCCACAAUACCACUGUUGCAGUGGUGCACAUGUGCAGUAUGCAUGGUCUAAUAGAGCUGUAGCAUUGUAUUGUGAUCCCAGCCUGGAAAUAGAAUGUUUUAAAUAAAUUAAUAAACCAACAAACCUGAUAUGACAUUCAUGCCCAUGAUGAUGUGUGUCAACUUGUGUCUGGUAACUAAAUCACUGCUAAUAUAUGGUAAAUGAUAUUUCUCUGCAGACAAUAAAUAUCUAAUGUUCUCUUGUAUUUACACUUAAAAACAAUUUCUCUCUUUUGCCUUUUGUUUUUCUGUAAAAUUAUCUUAUGGACAAUGCGGCUGAAGUGGUGUUAGACUAUGCAGAAAUCUAAACAGGGUGUGUCAAACCUCUUUAUCAUAGAUUUAAACUCUCAUACUGAAAAAAAGACAGCUUACUUUCUCUUUUUUUUCCUAGAACAAGGGACAGCAAAGGUUGUAUGUAAGUGUAACUUAGCUUCCUGAUUCAGUUAUAUGACAGUCACCUUGUGAAGACACCUGAUAUGCUGUAUGUCUAAUUUUCUACCUUUUUACGCAGCUUAAAAAAUGUUAAUGUAAAUGCACCAAAAUUAGAUAAAUGUAAAUAUUAGCAGUUGCCUCUGCUGAAAGCACAUGUAACAGAACCUGAACAACCACUUUUUUCCUCUCUCUGUUUUUUGCAUUUCAAACAAUCUUGUGUAGCUGCAUAAUUAUGCUCACGGCUGCCUUUGUGAUUUUAGAUUUCCACAGAAAUCAAAGUGAAGGAUGCUCUGAGUGAGCGAUGUUCUCUUUGUACUGCUUGACUUCUAAACAUAUGAAAACAUUUUUGAUUUUUAAGAAAAGUGUUGACUGUGCUGUUUGUAACUGUGAAUCUGAGUCAUUUGCACAUAUAUAAUAAUGAUUACAUGUAUGAAAUAUAAUAAUGAGGGGCUUAACCAGCUAAAGACUUCAGUUGUUUUACUUCAUUGACUGAAGUAUGUUUUUUUUCUCUGUAGUAAAUGACUUAUUUGAUUAAUAAAAUAACGUUUUGUUAUAUUUAGGGAAUGGAAUUUUUUUCCUGCAUUAACAUAUUUCUAUUUUGAAAAUGACUGGUUCAGGCUGUAUUUUGAUGAUGAGUAUGGGAGUAAGGUGGGUGCAUGUGAGCUCUGGCUUUACCUUUGAUAUUUUUUGUGAACCUUGCCUCUCUUUACUGAAUGAGACCUCAUUCCAAUAAAACUAUGUACACAGAUUGGAGCGUAUUAUGUGUUUAUCGUACAGAUGUAUAGCCACACAUCACUUUGGGUGAUGUGUGGCUCUAGUAUUGAAGGUUCUAUAUCUGCUGUGGUUACUUUGUGGUGCAAUGUCUGCUCGCUUCAUUUUCUGACUUUUUGAUUCAUUUUAGGUGUCUUUAUUUAGAUUUGCACACAUUUUCUUAUUCUUUUAGAUUAAUUUUGCCAACAUUCUGUGUCUCUGAAGUCAUCAACUGGGAAUUCAGUGUCAUUACAAUAAUUUUAUAUGUUUGUAAUCACUCUUUAGCUCUGUGUCCGUGUGCUCCUUUAACAUGUUGUUAGUCUACAUCUUUAAAGAGUCAUUUUGCUCUUUUUUUGUCUCUUUGAUGUAUAUUUCUAAGUUAAGUCUAAAUAACCUCAUUGUCUCCAUUGAGUCUCUUGGACCCUCAUGAAUCUGUCCACAUGUGCUAUGUUUUGAAUGGAAGACCUGUUGUAUGCCUGCACAGCACUCAAAUGGCUUUAGAUUGUAGCAUUCAGAAUUUUAAAAUUGCCUUGCUGGCAGAUUGCUUCCAUGUUGUCAGAAAAAAAUAAAAGACUGAAAACUGCAA